UUUCGUUAACGUCUUCAGUAAUUUUUAAAGGAUAUAUUUUACAAUUAUGGAUCGUGUGGUAACGAUUUUGGAAAGUUCUAACGCAAUUGAUCUCAAACCCAUUGAAAUCAAAAGCGAAAUACAAGAUCCAAAGGCUCACGAGACUCCACCAAAACAGUGCGAAGACAAACAAGCCGAUGAUGCAUCUAACAAUAGACCAUUUAAAUGUGUAAUAUGUAACAAAUCGUUCGCCAAACGACGUGUACUCACGCGCCACUUGGAGACUCAUAGCAGCGAUCAUCGUUACAAAUGCGAGUACUGUACGCGACAGUUUUCACGGAAAAACUGUUACACCGCUCAUGUCCGUACUCAUACCGGUGAGCGACCAUUCGUUUGUGAAAUUUGUGGCAAAGGAUAUACUCGAAACAAUCUUUUAACAUUACACAAACGUCUUCAUAGUGAGCAAAAAUUUGAAUGUGAUAUCUGUGGAAAAAAAUUUGUCGACAAUGCUCGAUUAAAUACACACAAAAACAUUCAUAGCGGAGAACGACCCCACAUAUGCAAUAUAUGUGGAAAAACUUACCGUGCUCAAAGUCAGCUUUCACAUCAUAAACGAAAACAUGCCAGCGAGCAACGAUUUAUGUGUGAUAUUUGCGGCAAAGGAUUUUACGAAAGCUAUCAUCUAUCAAAGCAUAAACUAAUGCAUACAGGCGAACGACCGUUUAAGUGUGAUAUAUGCGGUAAAGGAUAUCUAGACGGAAGUACUCUCAAUAGCCACAAGCGAAUUCAUACUGGCGUAAAACCACACGAGUGUGAUAUUUGCGGUUGGAAGUUCUUUCUUAGUUUGCAUCUGACAUAUCAUAGACGGACACACACUGGCGAACGACCAUACAAAUGUGGCCUCUGUUCCAAGGCGUUUAUUAGAAGCACACUUCUGGAUAUACAUAUGCGAACGCACACCCGGCGCUUUGGGUGUGACACAUGUGAGGUAAAGUUUGACAAAAAAGGACAAUUGGAACAACAUAAACGCGUUCACACCAAAGCAUUGAAAAAAUCAAAAUAAGUUGCGUGAUUGUUGUUAAACUCGAAUUUUCAUUUCGUAUAAGAUGGAGAAAAUGUAACUGCCGGACUUAAAUCAAUAUUUAUAAUUAAUUUACUGACUUAUCUAAUAUAGUAUGAAACAUUUAUAUUAAUAAUAACAGUUAUUGAUAUCGUUAUCAGCGAAACAACAUGCUGACAGGUUAUUUUCUAUACGUAUUUAUAGAAAAACACAGCAUAUUAAACAUGUAAGAAAGUAGUCAUAUGGUCAGGUUUUUUGUUUCGAUUAUUUAUAUUAUUUAACCUGCUAUAAGGUCAUGUUCAGGAUUGUUCUAGUUCGAGAAAUAUAAUUUAUGUCAGUUUCAAGGAAUUAUAGCGAAAAAUACUGUAAACUCAAGCAGCGUUUUGCUCCUGUUUCAAAUGUAGAAAAAUAGAACAGCAUAUACCGGUAAUAAAUUUGACUGUCGAACUGUUCCAAUGAAUAUUCAGUGGUGUUAUAGUUCUAGAAGCAUAAUUUUUUGACAGAAUUGUUCGAAUAAAAAAAACCAAAACCGCUUG